UGUUUCUGCCCGGACCGCGAGGAUGAGGAUCGUGAUGCCUCCAACCUUCCUCCUGCUGCUCUCGGGGGCCCUGACCCUGACCGAGAUCUGGGCGGGCUCCCACUCCCUGAAGUAUUUCGGCACCGCCGUGUCCCGGCCCGGCCGCGGGGAGCCCCGCCUCAUCGUCGUCGGCUACGUGGACGACACGCAGUUCGCGCGGUUCGACAGCGACGCCGCGAGUCCGAUGGCGGAGCCGCGGGCGCGGUGGAUGGAGCAGGAGGGGCCGGAGUAUUGGGAGCGGGAGACGCGGCGGGCCAACGGCUUGGCACAGGAUUUCCGAGCGUACCUGAACGACCUGCGCGGCUACUACAACCAGAGCGAGGCCGGGUCUCACACUAUCCAGGGGAUGUAUGCCUGCGACGUGGGGCCGGACGGGCGCUUCCUCCGCGGGUACAGGCAGGACGCCUACGACGGCGCCGAUUACAUCUCCCUGAACGAGGACCUGCGCUCCUGGACCGCGGCGGACACGGCGGCUCAGAUCACCCGGCGCAAGUGGGAGGCGGAAGGUGUGACGGAGUACUGGAGGAGCUACCUGGAGGGCGAGUGCGUGAAGUGGCUCCGCAGAUACCUGGAGAACGGGAAGGAGACGUUGCAGCGCGCAGAUCCCCCAAAGACACAUGUGACCCACCACCCCAUCUCUGACAGAGAAGUCACCCUGAGGUGCUGGGCCCUGGGCUUCUACCCUGCAGAGAUCACCCUGUUUUGGCAGCGUGAUGGGGAGGACCUGACCCAGGAAACAGAGCUUGUGGAGACCAGGCCUGCAGGGGAAGGGACCUUCCAGAAGUGGGCGGCUGUGAUGGUGCCUUCUGGAGAGGAGCAGAGAUACACGUGCCAUGUGCAGCAUGAGGGGCUGCCUGAGCCCGUCACCCUGAGAUGGGAGCCGCCUCCUCAAUCCACUAUCCUGAUCAUGGGCAUCAUUGUUGGCCUGGUUGUCCUUGGAGCUGUGGUGGGUGGAGCUGUGAUGUGGAGGAAGAAGAGCUCAGGUGAACAAAGAGGGAGCUAUGCUCAGACUGCAAGCAGUGACAGUGCCCAGGGCUCUGAUGUGUCUCUCACGGAUCCUAAAGUGUGAGACAGCUGCCUUGUGGGGGACUGAGUGAUGCAAGAUUUGUUCACGCUCCCACUUUGUGACUCCAGAAUCCCCUGACUUCUCUUUCUGCAGCUGGCAUCUGAAUGUGUCUGCGUUAAUAUUAGCAUAAUGUGAGGAGGUGGGGAGACUGGUCCACCCGCUUCCCACCAUGACCCCUCCUCACAAUGACCUGUGUAUUUUCCUAAUGGACUUUCCUGUUCCAGCAGAGGCAGGGCUGGGCCAUUUCCAUCCCUGUCUUUACUUCGUGUUGCAUUGAGUAGUAAUGACUUGUUUCCUUACUGAAAAUGUGAAUCUGGAUAUGAAUCUGUUUUUUCUAAUUCUUGUCAUAAGGGAUUGAUGUGUUAAUUAAAGGAGAAAUUUCCUAAAGUUUGAGAGAGGAAAUAAAUGGAAGCACUGAGCACCUUCCAGAA